CAAGCACUCUUCUUUUUUCUACACAUCACCGAAAAACCUCCUUACUUUUUAUUUAUUUAUCUGCUGAUCCCCUCCCUUUAUAAAUAGGCACCUCCAACGUCUUCAUACCAUCAAGAAAAAUGUCCAGGUCUUCCUUGUCGGGGCGAUCACACACUACUUCUUCAUCCGACGAUGAUCGACGACCUUAUGAUGCAGUAGAACAGUCGAAAUUUCAUCCUGCAAAGAAUGGACAAGUCCCCUUAGGUGUAGUCAAGUCAUAUGCUACUCGAGUUGGCUGGCUCAACAACCACAUCCCCGCAAGCUUUGGGUUCUCAAAACAGUGGAAAAAGCGCUAUUUCGUUUUGGUCGAUUCCAUGCUGUUUAUCUACAAAGACGAUAACCCCAACUUGGUUUGGCGAAACUUUAUGGAAUUAUCCAAAGAUACCAUCGUAUUUGUCACCAAUGAAUUUGGUAACAAGCUGUAUUGCAUUGAAAUCCGAAAACCGGGACAAGAACGCAGUUGGUAUGUUCAAGCCGAUGGCCCAGACGAUACGAAAGUGUGGUUAAAUGACCUGAAGGGUACUGUCAAGUGGAUUAAAACCGGGAAACGCGAUGAAGAUGAUGUCGCUAGCACAUUGUCGGAUUCGGUGUCCAGCCUUGACUUGUCAGUCAACCGACAUUCGCAACAACAGCAGCAGCAGCAUCUUGUCCAACCUCCGCCACCCGCACCGGAAUACACUAAUCGACCUCCCCCGCCCGUUCCUUCUGAUCCCAGGUCACCGACUCGAUAUAAGAUGAUGCCCCCUCCCCUUCCUCCGCCAACUAGUAUUUUGCCCCCCACACCGACUUCACGAAGUCCUCCCAUCAGUCGAUCAAAUUCUUUCAGACAAGUUCCCCCACCUACUCCACCUCCAUUCACAAGUCUACCUGCCAUUCCAGGUAACUCACCUUAUGUAAAAUCCCCCGCCAAAGCCUCUCGUUCUUAAGAAAUAAGGGAAAACAAGGAAAUAUCCGCAAGCAGCUGUUUUAUUACCAACUUCUUUUACUAGAAGACCUCCAUCCCCCCCCUUUGAAGUCCAGCAAAUACGCAUGUGAAACAAUCUAAUUGUCGCCAAGCUUGCGAGUGCUGCCCUGUACUAUAUACUUUAUUUCUUACCCUCAUUUGGCUAUCUAUGUCUGUUCAUUAUUCUAAUACGUUUCUGCUUUUGAUAACAAAAUGCAAGAAAUAGAACAUGUUUUUUAAGUAAAAAAGGAAAAAGAGAAACGAAAGCAAGGUUCAAA